AUGUCCGCUAUUAACGCCGAGGCCAGCAAGGACCUGGCACUAGCAGGGGUCUCUCAAACCCUUUGUGAUGGGCGGCAAUGGAAAGAAGAAGACCUUCCCUUUAAUUUUCUCCCUGCCCUUGCUGCAUCACUCGAACCAAAUUGCACUGUUGCUGAGGCCAGCCAAAAGGGUUUAGAAUCGAUUGCCUCUUUGAUUCCCUUUUCUUGCUUAAGCCCUGAGGAGUUAGGGUUUGGGUCUGAAACCCUAAACCCUCAAACCCCAAACCCUCAACUUGAAGAGAUUAUUAAGGCCUUCACUUGCGUCUGCGUAGCGGCGGAGCUGUUUCCUCUCCACACUUUAGGGUUGAUCGUCUCGCACUGCUGCGGGACCAUCGGCUUCUUUGUGCAGGACUUAGGGACCUAUGAAAUAGUAAAGAAAGGCAGCGACGAAAAAACGGUGUUUUCCCAUCCCCCUCUUCUAGACGUCCUGAAGGCCAAGCUGGGAGAGCUGGACCGCAAGGUCAAUCCGGCCAUAUUCGCAGUCCUUGCGAUGCUUCGCUGGGAGGAAGGCAGGGGAGCGGCUGGACGGCCUUUGAGGGGGUUCAACGCCGAAGCAACAGCAGCGGCAGCAGAAACAGCAGCAGCAGCAGCAGCAGAGCUUGAAGCAGCAGCUGAAAAGCUGUUUGCUGCUGAGGGUCUAAAAUUAAGUGCUGCUGUUCGCUGCGCAACGAGACAGCUGGCAGAAGGAUUCAACAAACAAAUCAACACCGUCGCAGCCGUCGUAGGAGGCCUCCUGACCCAAGAGGUUCGGAAGUUCAUAACGCGAGAACAAAAGGCAGUGGCUAAUGUCGUUGUCUUUGACUCCCUAACUUCUUGCGCGGCCGUCGCCAGGGGAGGAGGGGACUUAACUCCUGAUGCUAAACUCGUAACUGAGUGCGUAGAGCUGUUGGCCUGGUAUCUGCAAAAUGAUCGCUUGGCUGUGGCGCAUGUCGCUAUUUGCCUCUUAGAGGGGCCCCACAAAGAAAUCUCUCAGGAGGUGGUGGGCAAGUGCAAUGGCGACAGCGAUUUCUUGCUUAGAUCUGUCAAAGACUUCAUCGUCGAUCUCCCUCGCUCUUCUACACCAAUCAACUUGGGGGAGAGCGGUCCUUCUGUUGCUCUUCGCAAUGCUCUGCGGAAGUCAUGGAAGAUGGCUGAGAGCGAAGGGUCUCCUAUUGGUGUUCAACACUUGUAUGCUGCGCUAAUUGACAUCCCUGCAUUUCAGAAGAUUAUGGCGAAGAGCGGAUGCGAUUUGAAGAUAUUUAAAUCGGAGGUCGUAGCGAAUUUUAAAGGGCGCCAACGCGGUGUAUUUCCAACGUCUUUCCUAGAUAUGGUUGGAGAUAAACAAGGGGCAUCAGAUGUUACUAUUUCUCAAUAUGGCGUCGAUCUUUCGUUUAUGGCUCAGCAGGGUUUGCUGCCUCCAGUUAUUGGAAGAGACGAAGAAAUAGAUAGAAUUGCACAGAUUUUGAGCCGGAAGAUGACGAAGGCGCCGAUGCUGCUUGGGGAGCCCGGAGUGGGGAAGACCGCCGUUAUUGAGGGUUUGGCUCAGCGUAUAGUCGAGGGAGCUGUACCUGAGAGUUUGCGUAAUCGGCGCAUAUUUUCGCUAGAUUUAUUGUCUUUGUCUGCUGG